AAGGAGACGACUCUGCUGCCUGCGGGUCUCCUAAAUAAUUUAAUGGAGUAAAUCAAACUUUAGAAUUGUUUGCAUCUUCUUCUUCUCAGAAUUUAAACAUCACACUCUCUCUCUAUCUCUCUCUCCCCCCCUCUCUCUAGAUGAAUAAUCGACAGGCUAUCCAAAUCCUCUGCGCCGCUAUCUAUCUAUCAACCAACUUGAAACUGAGUGUUGGAGCUGCUACACUUUCUGCAGGGCAAUCUCUUGUAGAUGAUGGAGAGGUAUUAAUCUCUCCAUCUCAGAUAUUCGAGCUCGGAUUCUUCUCUCCGGGCUCAUCCACAGCCAGAUUUUUGGGCAUAUGGUACAAAGCUACACCGGACGUCGUCGUUUGGGUUGCAAACAGACAAAAUCCUAUAAUUGGCCUAAACGGAGCUCUAACUCUAUCCAAAAACGGAAAUCUGAUUCUCACCUCAGCACAAGGUACAACCCUAUGGUCUUCAAAUUCCUCCACAGCAGCAUCGGAUCCACUUCUGCAGCUCACGGUUUUCGGAAACCUAGUAAUCGAAGAAAAUUCUAAGAAAUUAUGGCAGAGCUUUGAUAAUCCUAGUGACACCCUGUUGCCAGGGAUGAAGCUGCUGCAGGAGACGGAAGCCGAAAAUGUGAAUGUUUUGACGUCGUGGAAGAGCGAGAGCGAUCCCGCCGUUGGAGAAUUCCGUUUUGGGAUUGUAAAUGAUGGACUGUCGCAGAUAAUCACGAUGAAGGGGAAGGAGAGAUGGUACAGAGCCAUUUUCUGGGACGGGCAUUUCCCGGGAUAUCCGGAUUCCGUCGACGUGACGUGGAAUUCCGAGAUUGGAUCCAGCGGGGGUAAGCUGAUUUCAUUUUUUCAGCCAUUGAAUGAGUCUGUUCACACCAGGUUGAUCAUGAACAGCUCGGGCUCGUUUCAGCGGUUCGUGAUGGAUGAGCGGGGAGAUGGCUGGAUUCCGAUGAUCACAUCGCCGCGUGACUCGUGUGAUAACUAUGGCUGGUGUGGUUUUAACGGCGUGUGCAAGAUUUACAAGACGCCGGUAUGUGAGUGUUUGCCAGGUUUCAAGCCGAAAUCCAACAAGGAAUGGAAGUUGUUUGAUUGGAGAAGUGGAUGCAGUAGAAAUCCGCCCUUGGAUUGCCAAAAUGAAGAUGGGUUUAUGAAGAUUCCAGGAUUCAAGUUUCCUGACUCGUUGAGUUAUCGACUGAACACGAGCAUGAGCAUUGAAGAAUGCCGUGAUCAGUGCUUGAAGAACUGCAACUGCACAGCAUAUGCUGAUCCAUACUUCAGAAAUGAGACCAACUGUAUGAUGUGGUUCGGGGAUUUGAUUGAUAUAAGGGAGCAGGCUGUAGAAGCCCGUGAUGGCCCGAGUGUCUACAUUCGUGUGCCUGCUACAGAACUCGAUCAUUCGACAGGUUCAACUAAGAAGGCCAAAGGAUCUGCUAAGACUAAGUUCAUACUGAUAAUUGUUUUUACCACUAUGCUGGUCUUGGUUUUAUGUCUUGGAGGCUUACUUCUAUGGAUGAGAUGCAGUAAACAAGCUCCUUUGACAGGUUAUAGAAAGGCCAGCGAGGAACUAGAGUUACCUUUAUUCGAUUUGGCAACCAUUGUUGCAGCCACAAAUAACUUUUCAGGAGAAAACAUGCUUGGAGAAGGCGGUUUUGGGCCUGUGUACAAGGGAAACCUAUCAGCAGGGCAAGUAGUUGCAGUGAAAAGAAUGUCGAGGUAUUCUGGACAAGGCGAUGAAGAAUUCAAGAAUGAAAUCAUUUUGAUCUCGAAACUCCAACACAGGAAUCUGGUCAGAAUUUUGGGAUGUUGCAUUGAAGGGGAGGAGAGGAUGCUAAUCUAUGAGUACAUGUUGAACAAAAGCUUGGACUAUUACAUUUUUGAUCAGGAACGGGGGUUGCUGUUAGAUUGGCCAAAGCGUUUCGAAAUCAUCAUGGGGAUUGCAAGGGGGCUUCUGUACCUCCACCAUGAUUCAAGGCUCAAAAUUAUCCACAGGGACCUGAAAACAAGCAAUAUCUUGUUAGACGAGAGCUUGAAUGCCAAGAUUUCAGAUUUCGGCAUAGCAAGAAUGUUUGCGGGGGAUCAAACUGCAGCAAGAACAAAAAGAGUUGUCGGGACAUUCGGCUACAUGGCUCCAGAGUAUGCAUUUGAUGGGAAGUUCUCCAUCAAGUCGGAUGUAUUCAGCAUGGGCGUUAUGAUAUUGGAGAUAGUGAGUGGGAAAAGGAACAGAAGCUUCAAGCACGUUUCCCGCUAUCAAAACCUUUUGGAGCAGGCAUGGCUACUUUGGAAGGAAAAUAGUGAGAUGGAACUGAUGGAUCCAUGCUACAACAGCUCGUUGGUGGAAUCCCAAGUGAAGAGGUGCAUCCAAGUCGGCUUAUUAUGCGUUCAGAAUAUAGCAGACGACAGGCCAAUGAUGCAGUCUGUGCUUCUCAUGUUGAGCUCAGAUGAUGCAGUCUUGCCUCACCCCAAGAGACCUGCAUUUUUCAUGCAGACUGAUUCCACCAAUACACACACUAAUGAAUUAGGAAAUGACAAGUUUAAUAGUUUUGCAGUAACCAUGAGUGAUGUAGAAGCAAGGUAUUUGUAUGUGGGCCAUGUUGUUCCUUCCAUAUUGAUCAUGAGUUCAACCAAGAUCCUCAGUCUUUUUAGCAGACUUGAAAAUCUUGCCUCCAUUUCAACUCCCUCUCUGCAAAUGAAGUUCUUCUAUGCAGCUCUCUAUCUCUUAACCAUUUCCAAAUUCUCUUUUGCAGCUGAUACACUUUCUGCAAACCAAACUCUUGCUGAUGGAGAGGUAUUAAUCUCUCCAGCCCAAACAUUUGAGCUCGGAUUCUUCUCUCCGGGCUCAUCCACAGCCAGAUUCUUAGGAAUAUGGUACAAAGCUACACCAGACAUCGUAGUUUGGGUUGCAAACAGACAAAAUCCAAUCACCGGCCUAAACGGAGUUCUAACUUUAUCCGAAAAUGCCAAUCUGAUUCUCACCUCAGCGCAAGGCACAACCAUAUGGUCUUCCAAUUCAUCCACAGCAGCAUCAAGUCCAGUUUUGCAGCUCCAGAAUUCAGGAAACCUUGUUGUUGUCCAGAAUUCGGCGUAUAUUUGGCAGAGCUUCGAUUACCCAGGCGACACUAGGCUACCGGGAAUGAAGCUAAUGCAAGACAUUGAUGAUAAGGAGAGUAAAUAUCUGAGCUCAUGGAAAAGUGGUGAUGAUCCAUCCAUGGGAAAUUUGAGUUACAGAAUACAAAAUCAAGGAUUAUCUCAGACCAUAAUUGUGAAAGGGAAGGAGAUAUUGAACAGGGUUGUUUUCUGGAAUGGAAAUUUUGUUGGAUAUCCAAGUUCUCAAGAUCCAGCUUGGAGAGUUGAAGUGGAAACCAACAAGGGUAGGUUGGUCUCAGUUAUUCAACCCUUUUAUGAUUCAGUUCAUGCCAGAUUAACCAUGAAUUACUCGGGUUAUCUCCAGCGAUACGUGAUGAAUGAGAAGAAAGAUGGUUGGAUUCUCAUGAUUGCACUCCCACAUGAUCUGUGCGACACUUAUGAUGUAUGUGGUAGUAACGGAAUCUGCAAGAUUUACAAGAACCCAGUGUGUGAGUGUCUGCCGGGGUUUCAGCCGAGAUCUGAGAGCGAAUGGAGCGUGUUCGACUGGAGAGGAGGAUGCACCAGGAAUCUGUCAUUGGAUUGCCAGAAAGAAGAAGGGUUUCUUGAAGUUAAAGGAAUCAAGUUCCCUGAUUCACUGAAUUUUCGGAUGAACAUUAGCAUGACUAAUGAUGAAUGUCGUGAUGAAUGUUUCAAGAACUGCAACUGCACGGCUUAUGCUGAUCCUUUCUUCAGCAAUGGGAGCAGCUGCAUGAUGUGGUUUGGGGACUUGAUUGAUAUGAGGGAGUACACUACAGAAUCUGGUCCUGCACCGAGCAUCCACAUUCGCGUGCCUAACUCAGAACUCGAUCAGAAUAAGGGGAAAGGAGCAGCAAGGACGACAAUCAUAGUUAUAGCUACUAUUUCUGGUUUGGCGAUGCUUAUCUUGGGCGUGUCAGUUUGGGGCAUAUUUCUGAGGAUAAGGCGCAAGAGACGAGGUUACAUCAAAAGACUAGAUUCUAAAAUGACCGGUGAGGAAUUAGAGUUACCUCUCUUUGAUUUGGCAACCAUUGAAGCAGCCACAGAUAGUUUUUCGGAACGGAACAUGAUUGGCCAAGGUGGUUUCGGUCCUGUUUACAAGGGAAACCUUUCAGCAGGAGAAGUAAUUGCAGUGAAAAGAAUGUCGAAGAUUUCUGGACAAGGCCACGAAGAGUUCAAAACUGAAAUCAACUUGAUUGCAAAGCUUCAGCACAGGAACCUUGUCAAGAUCUUGGGAUGCUGCGUUGAAGGGGAGGAAAAGAUGCUGAUCUACGAGUACAUGCUGAACAGAAGCUUGGAUCAUUUCAUUUUUGAUCAGCGAAGAAGAGCCCUGCUGAAUUGGCCAAAGCGGUUUGAGAUCAUUAUGGGGAUUGCAAGAGGCCUCCUCUACCUCCACCAUGAUUCCAGACUCAAUGUCAUCCACAGGGACCUGAAAACGAGCAAUAUUUUGUUAGACGAGAACCUAAACGCGAAGAUUUCAGAUUUUGGUUUAGCAAGAAUGUUUGAAGGAGAUCAAACAAUAUCAACAACAACAAGAGUUGUUGGAACAUACGGUUACAUGGCUCCAGAGUACGCGUUUGAUGGAAAGUUCUCCAUCAAGUCGGAUGUCUACAGCUUGGGCGUUAUGAUAUUGGAGAUAGUCAGUGGACAGAAGAACAGAGGCUUCAAGCAUCCUUCCUGCUACAAGAACCUUCUCGAACAGGCAUGGCAUUUUUGUAAAGAAGGCAGGGAGCUGGAAAUGAUGGAUCCAUGCUACAAGAAUUCGUAUGUGGAAUCCCAAGUGACAAGGUGCGUUCAAGUCGGGUCAUUAUGCGUUCAGAACGUGGCAGAAGACAGGCCAAUGAUGCCAUCUGUGGUGCUCAUGUUGAGCACUGAGGACACAGUGUUGCCUCAGCCCAGGAAGCCUGGUUUUUUCUUACACGGAGACUCCAGUUUCUCGCAUAGCAAUGCUACGGGAAGUACCGGUGGCGCAGUAACCAUAACUGACAUAGAAGCCAGGUAGAUGCAUGAAGAAGGAGGAAAUACAGCACUUAUGAGUUUAAAGCAAACCAAAUUUUGCUUGAUGAAGAGAUAUAUACUGUAACUUAUGUGUGUUGGGAGGGUUGGGAUAGUCUUGAGAUGUAUAAAUAUCAUAUUGUUAUAGCAUCCUAUUCAAAUA